GCUCUAGCGCGACGCGCGAAAACCCUACACGACGCAGCGCCGCCAGCCACUCCACCUCCCGAAGCCCCCAGGCCCCAGCGCGGCUGCGGCGGCGGCAAGAUGGCGGUGGGCAAGAACAAGCGGAUCAGCAAAGGGAAGAAGGGUGGCAAGAAGAAGACCGUCGAUCCCUUCGCGAAGAAGGAUUGGUAUGAUAUCAAGGCGCCCUCCGUCUUCUCCGUGCGCAACAUUGGAAAGACGCUCGUGUCCAGGACACAGGGUACUAAGAUUGCUUCCGAGGGUCUGAAGCACCGUGUCUUUGAGGUCUCCCUAGCUGAUCUUCAGAGUGAUGAAGACCAAGCCUACAGGAAGAUCAGGCUCCGUGCUGAAGAUGUCCAGGGUCGUAAUGUCCUUACCAACUUCUGGGGAAUGGAUUUUACUACUGACAAGCUCCGGUCGCUAGUCAAGAAGUGGCAGACCUUGAUUGAGGCCCAUGUUGAUGUUAAGACCACUGAUAACUACAUGCUGCGGCUCUUCUGCAUCGGGUUUACAAAGAGGAGACCCAACCAAGUGAAGCGUACGUGCUAUGCACAGGCCUCCCAGAUCCGUCAGAUACGCCGUAAGAUGGUUGAGAUCAUGGCCAACCAGGCCUCUACCUGUGACCUGAAGGAGUUGGUGUCCAAGUUUAUUCCUGAGGUCAUUGGCAAGGAGAUUGAAAAGGCUACCUCAAGCAUCUUCCCAUUGCAAAAUGUCUUCAUCCGGAAGGUCAAGAUCCUCAAGGCCCCCAAGUUCGACCUUGGGAAACUGAUGGAGGUCCAUGGGGAUUACACAAAGGAGGACGUUGGUGUGAAGCUUGAGAGGCCUGCUGAGGGUGAUGAGGCCGUGGUUGGCCAGGAGGCUGCUGCAGCUGAGUAGGAUAGUUUAUGAUCACUAUUUUGGUACUUAAUAUAUUUGAAGGAUAUAUGUACUGUCACCUUUCUGUCUGAGAACUAGAUUUUGGCGAUCUGGUAGUUCCUGAAAACAAGUGUUUUUAAGUUUAUUCGUUUGUGGUUAUUUGGAUCGCAAGUUCUUGUGUCAUCUACCGGUAUUUAACUUGUUAUCUGAGGAUCAGUUUGGUGAUUUCUGUC